AUGCCUGCUCAUCCUGAACAACGGAAUCAAGAACAAGAACAGCAAGAACAAGAGCAGCAAGAACAAGACGAACAACAAGAGCAGAUGCCUGCUCGUCCUGAACAACGGAAUCAAGUUCAUGACCAAGCGCGACAGGGUGUACAACAGGAUGGGCACCAGGUCCAAAACUUUCUAGAGUUUACGCCCCGGCAACAGCACACUUGGCUCCGAGCACAAUGUGACUGGUGGUUUGUAGUCGCGGACCACUUUCAACCAAUGACAUACACAACAGUUGAAAUUGCGAUCAGUAUGCUCUGCGACUAUAUGAUGUACAGCGGUCGGCUACAUGAGUUGCCAAUGGACCAUGGACUCCCAAUGGGUAACAACUCAACGCUGCCAACUUCCUGGGAGAGCAUUAUCUGGCAUUUGAAAAGCUUUGAGGACGCUGCAACAACAAAGACAAUGGAGGAAAGGUACAUUUUUAUUUGUUAUUGUCUACCAGUAACAAGCACUGAAGGAUAG